AAAAAGAAAAGAAAAAAACGUUUCUAUUUUUACACAAAUUUUCGGAACGCGAAAAUUUCUCCAAAUGUUUCCAACAUUUCCAUCGAUUCUCGUGCUUGUGAUCAAAUAAUUAUGUUUGCUCACCUUUGGAAUUGCGUACAACUUUGGAUUAUCUAUCUAUGAACGAGGACAAAAUUCAAAAAUUAAAAACAAAACUGGACAAGAAGUGACUCAAAGACACAUGCAAAAUGACUUGGAAAUUGGCAAUUAUUUUUCAACUCUUCAUUUCAUUCUCACAGCAAGAUAGCUCGACCACUUCCGGAGAUGACAUCAGUUCUCUAUACAAUGGAACAACGAAUAUUUGCAACCUAUCUGCACUUCCGUUCCUCAGAAAUGAUGUAAUCCAUCUGAACAUUAGCUGGGAUUUGUAUCAAGAUGAAACAAAGGCAUGUCGCAUCGAUGUCUUUUAUGGAGGACUACCGGAACCUUUCCACAUCGAAGUCAAUAUGCAUGAAGAAAAUUAUGUAAUACUUCCGGAUACCAACACCAUUUUCAAAUUCAAACCGGGUCGAAGGUACCACAUAGAAUUUGGCUGCACCGACUGUGAACUGGAUUACGUAAUACCAGAUUGCGUCGGAAAAGUAUGCAAUUGUCAAAAGAUGAAGAGUGAAGCCAAGCUCGAUAUGAAGCAGACUUCGAGCGGACAGUUCCAGUUGAACUGGCUGCACUUCGGCCCUUACAAGCUGAGCAACGUAACAUUUAGGCACAUCCACAACGACACGAGCACCACGCCGAUCUCAAUACCAUACAAUCCAGAUCCACCAGAGAACGGCUCUUAUGUGGUGGACGUCAAGUACGAGCCGGGUAAUGAGAUCGAAAUAGAAGGCAUAUUCAUAAACGAUAAGUUCUGUCCAACAUUCGCACUAUCAAAGAUAGUACCGGAAACGAAGACAUGGAUGGGGUACACACAGAUGGCAAUUCUUUGCGCGAUAGUCUUCGCAGCAAUCGCAGUAGCAAUUUGCUAUAUCUCUGUGAGCCGCAGUACGAAAUCUAACAUUUUAUUCAACAAAGUCCCAAAGCAAACCGGACGAAGGGCGGAAACUAGGAACGUCCUUUACGUUUCGCAAAUCGAGAUUCAGCACGAUGUGUACGAAUAUUCUUAUGAUAAAUUGGAUUUUAUCAAGGAGAUAAAUUCAGGAGCUUUUGGUGUAGUUUACUUAGCGAAAGCCAUCGAUCUAUACAGCAUCAAGGGAUGGACCUAUGUUGCAGCUAAGAUGCAGAAAGAUUGCUCGAAUCAUGAGGAACGCGAAGAUUUUCUUAACGAAAUCAACACUAUGAAGAAAGUUGGUUACCAUCCGAACGUAGUAAGAUUACUUGGUUACUGCAGCAAUGAACCUCGUGUAGUUAUAAUGGAGUAUAUACCGUGCGGAGAUUUGAAGCACUAUUUGCUGGAUUUGAGAGAAUCUUGGGAUAAUCUUCAAAAUAAUGUUGAUCCUGUCGUCGCUCAAAACAGUGAUUAUUCGUACAUUAAUUUUGAGAAUAGUCCGGAUUCUGGUUGUAACAGUUUGAUGAGGCCAUCUACUAGUUCCCAAUCGGAAACCAUGAGCGAAGAGCGAUCUCCUCUUGUCAACAACUUCCAACACUCAUUGGAGAAAAUCUUGGAUCAUACUGAGCUCCAAAACUUUGCGCUUCAGAUUGCUAAAGGGAUGGCACAUUUGGAAAAGAUUCCCAUAACUCACAGAGAUCUUGCAGCUCGAAACGUAUUAAUCAACGAAUUCAAAGUAUUGAAGAUCACAGAUUUCGGGAUGUCUCGAAGUGGAACGUACAUCAACCAAAAGUCGAGGCGAGUGCCUUUCAGGUGGAUGGCCAUAGAAUCCAUCGAGGAUAGCUUCUAUGACAACAAAAGUGAUGUGUGGUCUUUCGGCGUUGUUCUCUGGGAAAUAGGAACUUUAGGCGCAUUUCCUUACAAAGAAAUCCCAGACCAAACGUUGGUCCAUAAUCUUUUGAAAGGACACCGAUUACAACGACCAGAGGUCUGCACUGAUUAUCUCUACCAAUUAAUGAUGAACUGCUGGGAACACAACCCCAAGAACAGGCCGACUUUCCAAGAACUCGUCCAAUUCCUGGACGUGAAAAAGAACAGGGUUUACGUCGAUUUUGCACAGAUCAAUCCGUGCUACAUAUUCCCCCCAAGUACACAAUAACGUCGUCUCAGAAAUACUUUGAUGUACAUCAAAAUGCUAGUCAAUACUUUAUCUUAAAUUUAAGUAAGCAACAAUAAAUUAGUUA